AUGGGUGAGCAACUUAGCUUCCGCGGCCACCUCAAGGGCCACUCCGAUUGGGUCACGUCGAUCGCGUGCCCGAUCGACAACAGCGAUUCUAUCAUCUCAUGCUCGCGCGAUAAGGGCAUCAUGUCGUGGUCGCUCACUCGCGACGCCGCCUCCGCCACGGGCGUGCAGCUCGCCGGUGUGCCCAAGCGCCGCCUCACCGGCCACGGCGGUUUCGUGCAGGACGUCGUGAUCUCAUCCGACGGUCAGUUCGCGCUGUCCGGCUCGUGGGACAGCACCCUCCGCCUGUGGGACCUCAACACCGGCGCCACCACGCGCCGCUUCGUCGGCCACACCAAGGACGUGCUCAGCGUCGCCUUCAGCGUCGACAACCGUCAGAUCGUGUCCGGGUCGCGCGAUCGCAGCAUCAAGCUGUGGAACACGCUGGGCGAGUGCAAGUACACGAUGAACGACGCGGACGCUCACCAGGGGUGGGUGUCGUGCGUGCGCUUCUCGCCCGUCAACACGCAGCCCAUCAUCGUCUCCGCCGGCUGGGACAAGGUGGUGAAGGUGGUGAAGGUGUGGAACCUGACCAACUGCAAGCUCCGCCAGAACCUGCUGGGCCACACCGGCUACGUCAACACGGUGAUCGUUUCCCCUGACGGCUCGCUGUGCGCGUCCGGCGGAAAGGACGGCGUGGCGAUGUUGUGGGACCUGGCGGAGGGCAAGCGGCUGUACUCGCUCGACGCGGGCGACAUCAUCCACUCGCUCUGCUUCUCCCCGAACCGCUACUGGCUGUGCGCCGCGACGCAGUCGUCGAUUAAGAUCUGGGACCUGGAGAGCAAGAGCCUCGUGGACACGCUCGUGCCGGACUACGAGCUGGUCCGCGCGCGCGGGGGCGCGGAGUUCAAGGGCCAGAGCAAGAGCCUCGUGGACACGCUCGUGCCGGACUACGAGCUAGCUCGCGCGCGCGGGGGCGCGGAGUUCAAGGGCCAGACGCCGUACUGUGUGAGCCUCAACUGGAGCGCAGAUGGAGCCACCCUCUAUGGUGGUUACACCGACGGUUACAUCCGUGUCUGGUCCGUUGGCCGCGGCUUCUAA